AUGGUUACGAUCGUCGACACGCUCAAUCGCCCGCAGCAGGAAACGGCUGCCCGUCCGCGCCAUCCGGAAAAGGCUCAUCGGCCUGACAAUCCAAUCCAGCGCAAGCCAAAAUGGAUCCGCGUCAAGGCGCCGACGUCACAGGUUUAUCGCGAAACGAAAGACGUUGUGCGCGACAACAACCUCGUGACUGUUUGUGAAGAAGCCGGUUGCCCCAAUAUCGGCGAGUGCUGGUCAAAGAAGCAUGCGAGCUUCAUGAUCCUUGGGGAUACCUGCACGCGGGCCUGCGCCUUCUGCAAUGUUAAGACAGGGAUGCCCGGACCGGUUGAUCACAACGAGGCGCAAGGUGUUGCUGAUGCCGUGGCGACCAUGGGUCUGGAACAUGUCGUUAUCACCUCCGUCGAUCGUGACGAUCUGGAAGACGGCGGCGCCCGACACUUCGCCAAUGUGAUCGCCGCGAUCCGUAAAACCGCGCCGCAGACGACAGUCGAAGUUCUGACACCGGAUUUCCUGCGCAAGGAAGGUGCCCUGGAAAUUGUGGCGGCCGCGAAACCGGAUGUCUUCAACCACAAUCUCGAGACAGUCCCUUCGAAAUAUCUGACCGUCCGGCCAGGCGCACGGUAUUUUCAUUCCAUUCGUCUUCUCCAGAAGGUGAAGGAGCUUGAUCCGGAGAUGUUUACAAAGUCCGGUAUCAUGGUCGGGCUUGGCGAGGUUCGAAACGAGGUUCUGCAAUUGAUGGAUGACUUGCGUGCUGCAGACGUGGACUUCCUUACGAUUGGUCAAUACCUGCAACCUUCAAGGAAACAUCAUCCGGUCUUGUCGUUCGUAACGCCGGACGAGUUCAAGGCUUAUGAGCGGAUUGCGUACGCAAAGGGUUUUCUGAAAGUGUCGGCCAGCCCGUUGACGCGGUCCUCACAUCAUGCGGGUGAGGAUUUUGCGGACCUGCGGGCUGCCCGGAAAGCCAAACUCGGUCAUUGA